AUGACAAAAGAGGUAGUGGAGUUCACAACAAAAAGUAUAACUUACUCCUACAAGGGUGAUAUCCUAGAGCAGAUGUUUGGAAUUGACCUCUCGUGCAACAACCUAGCAGGAAAAAUCCCACCGGGACUCGGUAGGAUAAGCAGCAGCACUUAUGCAUUAAACUUGUCACAUAACAAUCUAUCCGGACCAAUUCCUGUAACAUUCUCAAAUUUAAAGCAAAUAGAAAGUCUGGAUCUUUCCUAUAACAAUUUGAAUGGUAAAAUACCACCUCAGUUGACAGAAAUGACCUUUCUAGCGGUCUUUAUUGUGGCACACAACAACUUAUCAGGUACAACGCCAGAGAGAAAAAAUCAAUUUGGAACAUUUGAUGAAAGCAGUUACGAUGGGAACCCUCUCCUUUGUGGACCUCCAUUACAUGAUUGCACCAAAAUUGGACCAUCCUCUAAAAUGCCAGAGGAUAUUGAGGGGGAAGAAAGUGAUAGUUUCAUAGACAUGGGUGUCUUUCACAUAAGCUUUGUGGUGACUUGCAUAACAGUGUUGUUGGGAAUUGUUGCAGUUCUCUACAUAAAUCCAUAUUGGCGUAGGGCAUGGUUUAACCUCAUUGAAUUUCAUGGUUCAAUCCCUUUUCAUCUCCAGAACCUAACUUCACUUAGGCACCUGGACCUAUCUCUCAAUGCUUUCAACUCUUCAAUUCCCAAUUGGCUGUAUAGUUUGAGUCAUCUUGAACUUCUUAACCUUUACACCAACAAGUUGCAGGGUACAAUCUCUAGUGCCAUUGGAAACCUAACAUCUAUUAUCAGCAUAGAUUUGUCAUUCAAUGAACUUGAAGGAAAGGUUCCAAGAUCUUUGGGUAAUCUCUGCAACUCAAGGGAGAUUACAUUGUCAGGCAACAAAUGGAGUCAAGAGAUAUCUGAAGUCUUUGAAAGUCUAUCAGGAUGUGUUUCAAAUGGACUAGAGAUCUUGCAAUUAAAUGAUGCAAAAUUUAAUGGGCAGUUGACUGAUGAACUUGGGCAAUUUAAAAAUCUAGCCAUCCUUCAUUUGGGGUAUAAUUCUAUUUCUGGUCCAAUUCCAUGGUCUAUAGGAAAUCUUUCCUCUUUGAGAUACUUGAACCUUGAGACUAAUCAAAUUAAUGGAACUGCUACUCAAAUUUUUGGACAACUUUCAAAAUUAGAGUAUCUAAACAUUAAUUUGAAUUUGUUGGAGGGUGUGGUGUUAGAAGUUCAUUUUCCCAAUUUUAAGAGAUUAAAAGCACUUGUUGCAUCUCAAAACCGACUUACUUUAGAAGUAAGUGGCAAUUGGACCCCUCAUUUUCAAAUCAACAAUUUAAUUUUGGGAUCAUGGAAUUUAGGGCCAAAAUUUCCUUCAUGGCUUUGUUCACAAGAGAAACUUUUGAACUUGGACAUAUCAAACUCAGGGAUUUCAGAUGCAAUUCCUCCUUCAUUUUGGAAAUUGUCCUCUCAGUUCAAUUAUCUAAAUAUCUCUCACAAUCAAAUCUAUGGAGAGAUUCCACAUAUCCAAUUGGUUUUCCCUACUUCUCCAAUAAUUGAUAUGAGCUCAAAUCACUUCAAAGGUUCAUUACCAUCUAUAUCCUCUAAUGUGAGCUUCCUUGAUCUUUCUAACAAUUUACUAUCUGGAUCUAUUUCUCACUUUUUGUGUUACAAGAUGAAUGAGCCCAAAAAUAUGCAGUUCCUCAAUCUUGAAAAAAAUCUUUUAUCAGGGAAAAUAAGUAAUUGUUGGAUGAAGUGGCAAAGCUUGCUUACCUUAAAUUUGGGAAACAACAAUUUCUCUGGUACCAUUUCAACAUCCAUUGGAUCUUUAAUUAAUCUUAGAUCUUUGCACUUAUACAACAACAAAUUCUCUGGAAGACUUCCAUCCAUGUUGAAAAAUUGUAAAGAUUUGUCUACUAUUGAUAUUGGCAAAAAUGAGUUUGUUGGGAGCGUACCUUUGUGGAUUGGACAUAGACUUUCACGCUUGAUGAUUCUUAGCCUUCCCUCCAAUCAUUUCCAUGGUCAAAUACCAAAAGAACUUUGUGCUCUAACUUCACUCCAUGUCUUAGACCUUUCACAUAAUAAACUAUUUGGAAGCAUACCUAAAUGUGUUAACAAUUUCAGUAUGAUGGCCAGAACUAACAAUUCAAAUUCUCCCCGUUUUUUGCUUGAUUGGUCAACAGUUUAUAAUGAUGCCCCUUUUGAAAGUCAAUUGCUUGUGAUUAAGGGAAAAUCUCUUGAGUAUUCCACCAUACUUCCACUGGUAUGUACUAUAGACCUUUCAAACAACAGUUUAUCAGGAGAGAUUCCCGAAGAACUGACUGGUCUCCAAGGAUUACAAUCAUUGAAUUUGUCAUUUAAUAUCUUGACUGGAAGGAUUCCUGAGAAUAUAGGUGAUAUGAGAUCAAUAGAAUCGAUUGAUUUCUCAGUAAAUCAACUUUCAGGUCAAGUUCCUCAAAGUAUGUCAAGUUUGACAUUUUUGAGUCAGUUGAACUUGUCAAACAACAAUUUAAUUGGGAGAAUUCCUUCAAGCACUCAGCUACAAAGUCUCGAUGCAUCUAGUUUUUUUGGAAACAAACUUUGUGGACCUCCACUUACCGAUAACUGUACUAUAAAGGAUGUACAACCUAACACUGAGAGGAAAGAAAGCAAGGUCUCUAGUGGACUUAAUGUGGAUUGGUUUUAUGUGAGCAUGGCACUUGGAUUUUUUGUUGGGUUUGGGGUUGUGUUGGGUCCUUUACUAUUGAACAAGCAAUGGAGAGUUUUCAUUCGUUUGCCAAAUGAAGAUCUAUGGCAUCAACGGAUGGGAUAUGCUAGCUACAAACAUCUUUCUAUUGUAUCUAAGCAUAAGUUAGUUUUAUGGAUACCAAAGCUUAGUAGAAUGAGCAAUGUGGUAUGUAGACUGUGCCAACUUGGAAAACAAAUUAAAGCUAAGCAUCCUGGCACUCAGACAUCAGCUACAUCUAGACCAUUGGAGCUUCUACAUCUGGAUCUUAUAGGUCCAACUAGAACCGAGUCUCUUGGUGGAAAGAGAUACAUCAUGGUUGUGGUAGAUGACUUCACUAGGUACACUUGGGUCAUUCUUCUACGAUCCAAGUCUAAUGCUCCUAAGCACAUUGAAACUUUGUGCACAAGAUUGCAGAAUGAAAAGAGCUUGAAAAUUGAUCGAAUUCGAAGUGACCAUGGUAAAGAAUUCGAGAACUCAUAUAUGGAAUCGUUUUGCACAAGAUCAGGCAUCUCUCAAGAAUUCUCUACUCCUAUUACUCCUCAGCAGAAUGGUGUAUUAGAAAGAAAGAACAGAGUUAUUCAGGAGAUGGCCGAAGCCAUGCUGCACAAUAAGGAUGUGGCUAGAAACUUGUGA